AUGUCCACCGGAAACCUCAACAUCGAAACCAAAGACGUGAAAACCGCCCCGGGUGUCAAGCUCUCAGAAGAACAAAACAAAAUCGUAGGCUCCGUCCUCGACCUCUUCGCCGGUCGCCCGUCCCUUCCUAAACUGCGCCUAUGGCGUGACGACGCUACUUUCACAGACCCCAUUACCAUCGCUGAGGGCCGCGACAAGUACUCGGCACAAUGGUAUGGACUGCAAUCGGCAUUCAGCGAGAUUGAGCGCUUGAACCACCAGGUCAAGGAUGCGGGGAACCCUAUUCUGAUGGAUUUGAGGACAAGAUAUGUGAUCAAGGGACUGGGAAAAGAGCAGUUGAUUCAGAGUGAGGUGGCUAUCCAUUUGGAUGCAGAGGGCAAGAUUGCAAAGGUUGAGGAUAAGUGGGAUGGCAAGUUGCCGGAUAGCAGUAUUGCUAACGCUUUCCGACACUUGAACGCUGUUACUGUACCCAAGUUUGUUGGUGUACCGAAGAAUGAUGAGGAGGACAGGCAGAGGGGAAACCAGUAG